AUGAUUUUGAGGUGGAUGAAGAUGGUGACUUACGGAGGGAAGGUGAUUGGUUUGGUUGCGACACUAACACCACCUUGUAUCCACGCCGCUACCUUCAAAGUUGGUGUGAUGGGUCCCUGGAACUGUGACUCCAUCUAUGCCAGAGCCUACCCUGAUGCAGCAGCUAAAUUGGCUAUUACCCAGAUCAACAAGGACCCAACCUUAAACAAGGGAUAUUGGUUUGAUUAUGUCCUCCUCAAUGAAGACUGCCAGACAUCAAAGGCCCUUGUGGGUUUUGUCAGCGCACAACAUUAUGCCUCUGGUUUUGUAGGUCCAGUUAACCCAGCAACCUGUCAGGCAGCGGGGUUGCUGGGCAAAACAUGGAACAAGCCCAUUUUCUCCUGGGCUUGCCUGACUGAUGAUGCUGAGGUUGAACGUUAUGGCACUUUUGUCCGGCUAUUACCACAGGCCUCUGCUGUGCUCUACACUGUGCUUAAGUACUUCCAAUGGGCUCAUGUGGCUGUGAUCACCUCUGAGGAAGACCUCUGGGUAGAAGCGGGACAAGCUCUAGCAGACUCAUUGCGGAACUUUGGCCUGCCCGUCACUAUAGUGACCACCAUGGAAGAUGAACCUGGUGGGGUGGAGGAUGCCCUCCAAAAGAUAAAGAAGGCCCACAACGUACGAGCGGUCAUCAUGUGUAUGCACUCUGUCCUGCUGGGUGGGGAAGAGCAGCGUCUCCUGUUGGAGAAGGCCGAAGAGAUGGACAUGACAGAAGGGACUUACAUUUUCAUCCCCUACGAUGCCCUGACCUACAGCAUGCCCUACCAGAAGGAGGUCUACACAGUGCUGGAUGACAACAUCAAAUUGCGCCAGGCAUAUGACGCCGUGCUUAUGGUCACCAUUGAUUCCCCAGAAGUCUCCUUCCGGCAGGCCUUUGGAGAGGCUCAAGAGAAGAGAGAGAUCCCUGGCCACCUCAGUGCAGACAAGGCCCAUCCUCUGUUUGGCACCAUUUUUAACUCCAUCUACUUCCUGGCCAAAGCUGUGGAAAACGCUCGUCUAGCUGCCAAGAGGGUGGUGGGGACCAGUGUGGCUGACCACGCCAAGAACUUUGAGCUGGAAGGGUUUAGCCAGACGGUGUCAGCGGACGGAAACAGAGGCGCUGGGCUCCCUUACGUCAUCUUGGACACGGAUGGAAGAAGCAACCAUCUUCAGCCCACCUACAAAGUAGACAUGGCUGCAGGCAUCUUGAACUACAUGGGACAUGCCAUCCACUGGCCUCACCAUACCAGCCCAGCUUCGGACUCCAGCUGUUGGUUCAACCCUGCCACCGUUUGUACUGGGGGUGUGGAUGUUGGUUUCGUUUUCCUCUUCUUCCUGAUGGUUAUUGGCUUGUUCCUGGGUGGAUCUGCUCUGGCUUACUAUCUUCGACGCCGGUUUCUGCAUGCCCAGCUAAUGAAGGGACCCAACAAGAUUGUCCUGACCACAGACGACUUGACUUUCAUCAAUGGCCAGAACAGCAGGAAGAUGGAUGACAGCCACUCCAGUCUUGCGGAUAAGAGCUCGUUGGAUAUGAAAAGCUUCAGAAGUGAGACGGCUGAUCUGGAAAACUCCAACUUAGCUGUGGUUGAGGGUGACUGGGUGUGGCUGAAAAAAAUCCCAGGAGGAAAGAACACUGAAAUCAAACCAGCCACCAAAAUGAUUUUUUGCAAGCUGCGGGACCUGAGGCACGAAAAUGUGAACCUUUUCCUGGGCUUCUUCCAUGACCGUGGGAUUUUUGCUAUUGUCUCAGAGCACUGCGCGCGAGGGAGUCUUGAGGAUCUUCUCCGCAAUGAGGACAUGAAGCUGGACUGGAUGUUCAAGUCAUCGUUGCUGCUGGACCUUAUCAAGGGGAUGAAGUAUUUGCAUCAUCAUGAAGUCGCUCAUGGCCGGCUGAAGUCUCGGAACUGUGUGGUGGAUGGCCGUUUUGUCCUCAAAGUCGCUGAUCACGGAUACAAUGAACUGUUGGAGGCCCAGAAAAUUAUCCCAGAAAUGAAGCCUGAGGACCGGUUCUGGACCGCCCCAGAGUUGUUGAGGAAUCCAGUGCUGGAACGAAAAGGCACCUUCUGGGGAGAUAUCUACAGUAUUUCCAUAAUUAUUCAAGAAGUUAUAUGCCGUGCUGCCCCUUACUGUAUGCUGGACAUGACUCCUGAAGAGAUCAUCAAGAAAGUGGAGAAACCGCCACCUCUUUGCCGUCCCUCUGUUUCUAUAGACCAAGCUCCAAUGGAGUGCAUUCAGCUGAUGAAAGAAUGCUGGAGCGAGCACCCUGAAAGGAGACCAAAUAUCAAUCAAAUUUUUGACCAGUUUAAGAACAUCAACAAAGGUAGGAAGACCAAUAUCAUUGACUCCAUGCUACGCAUGCUAGAGCAAUAUUCCAGCAAUCUGGAGGACUUGAUCCGGGAGAGGACAGAAGAGUUAGAGGUUGAGAAGCAGAAGACUGACAAGUUAUUAACACAGAUGCUGCCUCCUUCUGUGGCUGAGGCCCUGAAGACAGGUGCGCCAGUGGAACCAGAGUAUUUUGAAGAGGUGACCUUAUAUUUUAGCGACAUUGUCGGCUUCACCACCAUCUCAGCCAUGAGUGAACCCAUUGAGGUGGUUGACCUUCUCAAUGAUCUUUACACUCUCUUUGAUGCCAUCAUCGGCUCCCAUGACGUCUAUAAGGUAGAGACCAUUGGCGAUGCCUAUAUGGUAGCUUCAGGGCUGCCGAAACGGAACGAGAACCGACACGCGGGUGAGAUUGCCAACAUGUCCCUAGAUAUUCUCAGUGCGGUUGGCACUUUCAAGAUGCGCCACAUGCCAGAGGUACCCGUUCGGAUACGCAUUGGUCUGCACUCUGGGCCUUGCGUGGCUGGCGUGGUGGGACUGACAAUGCCACGCUAUUGUCUCUUUGGGGACACGGUCAACACUGCCUCGCGGAUGGAGUCCACAGGCCUUCCGUAUCGAAUUCACGUCAACUUGCGCACCGUCGAGAUCUUGCAUUCACUCAAAGAAGGUUUCAAGCUCGAUCUACGAGGGAAAACAGAGCUGAAGGGAAAAGGCUUAGAAGACACUUACUGGCUCACUGGUCGUGAUGGCUUUACGAAACCCAUCCCUACUCCCCCAGACUUGAUGUCAGGGGCAAGCAGCCAUGGGAUAAGCCUGGAUGAAAUUCCUGAGGAACGCAGAAAGAAGCUACAGGAAGCUCGUCAAGGACAGAAAGUAUAG